AUGACUGAAGUCAUUCUAUCAUACACUGGCUAUAGAAAAGGAGAUAAAUCACCUAGCGUCUGGAUACUCACUAAGGACAACAUUUAUUUCUAUAGUAGUUACUCUGAUGUAAAUAAAAAAAAUCCAUUGUCAACUAUAAAUAUUAAGUCAAUAACUAGUAAUAAUAUUAAACAAGAAACUUCAAACAAAUUUCUUCUUCAAAUUAAUGAAUCAACAAGAACAACAGGAUUAUAUGGUGAUUAUAAAACCCUUUCAUAUUGGCUUCAAGCAAUUAAUUUUGUCAUUCAAGAUUUAGUUCAAAACAGACAAGAACUUGAAUUUUUAUUGUCAUCUCAAAUAGAAGCUCCAUUACAAUCUAAAACAUCACCACCACAACCAAAGAAAGAAACACCUUCUUUAAUGAAAUCUACUGGUGGUUCAAGAAAACCACCUCCCUCUAGUAUUUCAGAGCAUCAACAUAAAGAAGUUCAACCUUCAAGUCAUAUUGUUAGUAAUGGAAAUAAACAAUUGUUAUUAGAUAAAUGUCCAACAGAAAAUUUAAACCAAAAAGCAAUGAGACAAACAGUCUGUCUAGAAUUUAUGGAAAAUACAUUAGGAAAGAAAAUUAAAAUGUCAGAACUCAAAGAAGGAAAUUUGUUUGUAGAAUUAUUUGAAAAGUUAUCACAAACUAAAUUACAAAUAAACCCAAAUGCAAUUGAAAUUGUUGAUAAGAUUCAUAAUAUUGGAACAAUUAUUGCUAAUACCGUCAAAUUAUGUAAAGUAAGUAUACUGAUUGAUCCAAUGGAUAUUGUGAGAGGGAAUGAAACAGAAAUUAUUAAAUUUAUUAUGUCACUUUUUGAAUCUUUUAUAUUAAACAAAGUAAAAGUACAAAAGAGUGAAGGAAUGGAAGGAUUAAUGAUGUGGGUUAAUGCAUUAUUAGAUGGAAGUGGAAUUGAAGUAGAAGAUUUUAGUUCAACAUUCCGAGAUGGAAGGGCAUUUGCUUAUAUUAUUAGUAAAAGAAGACCAGAUUUACUUGAUCCAAAAUAUCUUUCAAACGUUUGUUUAAUUAUUAUUGUUAUUUUAAAAAAAAAUUAUGAAAUAAAGAAAAUUUAUUUAAAUAGACUUCUUCAAUUAAUUAUUCUUUUGUUGCAAAAGCAUUGA